AUGACAUCUAUAGCACCCGAUGUCACAGUUUCAAGGCCAGUUAGAGUAGAAACUGUCGCUGUGACGUGCCAUUCAGACUACAUGGAGAUAGUCGUGAAGGCUGAUUUGUUUAAACUCGGUAAUCUAAUCGACGUGGAUGACCUGCGACUUGGAGUUGAACAGUACCAAGACCAAGACCACUGUAGGGCUACAGCGUCAGCAGCCGGUGAUGAGUACAGAAUAUUUGCAGCACUUUCGGACUGUGGAACCAAGUACCUGAUGAACGAAGACUCAUUGAUCUACACAAACCUCCUCAGAUAUACACCCAGAACCACACCAGAUGCCGUUAUUCGAAUGGCUGGUGCUGUAAUCCCAAUUGAGUGUCAUUAUGAAAGGAAGUACAGUUUGGACAGCUCUCCUCUCCAGCCGACCUGGAUCCCUUUCACCGCCACAGUGCCUGCUGAAGACACCCUGCAGUUCUCAUUGAAGCUUAUGACAAGUGACUGGCUCUAUGAGCGGGUUUCUGGAGUCUACUUCCUGGGUGAUCCCAUCAACAUUGAGGCGUCUGUCAGGGUUGCUCACCACACCAGGCUCAGGGUCUUUGUUAGCAGCUGCGUGGCCACACUGGACCCUGAUAGCAACUCUGUCCCCAGAUAUGUCUUCAUUGAGAGUGAUGGGUGCUUGACGGAUUCCCAGCUGCCUGGUUCCCGCUCUGGUUUCAUGCGUAGAACCCAGGACAACAAGCUCGGGUUCCACAUUGAUGCCUUCAGGUUCUACCAGGAGGACAGGGCAGAGCUGUACAUCACCUGCCACCUUAUGGCAGUCCCUGUCAUGAACCAUGCAGAGCCUAGCAUUAAAGCAUGCUCCUUCAUUGAUGGCAGAUGGAGGUCUGCUGAUGAGAAUGAUUUGCUAUGUGGGCGUUGUACAAGCCUGAGUAGACAGAAGGGGGUUGAUCAAGCUCCAGCACAACGUCCCCUCAGUCCAAGACUAGGUGGUAGCCAACUUGAACCUCAUGUCUACCGCAACAAAGCCCCAGCCUCUGUAUGGGACCAGGAUACUACUGUGGGCCCCGUGAUGGUCCUCCCAAGUAAACAGAAGAGUACACCUGCAUCUCCACGGAUGAGUGGAGGUAUCGAUAAACCUGGCUUCCCUGCCUCAACAGGGGACAGGAAGCCCGUAUCACCUGGCAGUCGUGUGAGUAGCAUCGACUACAAGAGAGAGCUGGAGGCCACCCCAGACCCUGAGUUGAUUCCUACACCUGAGCCCAUUGGAGACCUUGAGGUUACCACAGAGAAAGAGGGUCUGACUGAGGAUCAGUAUGAGAUUGGAACCUAUUGA